UCAAUAUGACAUGUCAGUAAUGUACAUGAAAUGUGUCGUUUGCACGUUAGUCAAUGGUUCAAUCCUCGACAGCUAUAAUGUGCUAUAAUGUCUGCACAUGCAAACUCUGGUCAGGAAUUUGUAAGUCUAUUGUAUCGAUAUCGAUUGAGUAACAUCUGGUCUAGUAUUUACGUAUAUACAGAUAUGAUCGAAUAAACCUGGAGAUACAUCAUACAAUCACAAGGAUAGUGCCCAGGUUUGAUCUGCUCGAUGAAGUCAGCAGAUCAAUAAGAAACGGUGGACGGUUUGGUACGCCACUGUGUGAAAGACGCCUUGUCUUGGCCAAGAGCUGAACAGUGUAUCGAGGCAGGGUGGCCACCAGCUGAAAUGAUUGAAUUAUAGGCCAGGAAUACGUGAUACCACAUAUAUUUAUAUAAAGUGUUCUUUGGGAGAAGGAUUUGGAUAUACAUACCGCCGUAUCUGUAUGUCCAUUGGUGGGAGUUGACGGCCCUGAGGUCGUAAAGGUCGGAGGUAAUCAUAUUACGCCCACGGGAUCAUGUAACCGGAGUGACGUCAAUCAUGUAUUGAUCAGCUGACCACUUGGACCUAAGACUUGUAUGCCUAAACGUACAUGAAAUAAAAAUAUCACAGAUAUAUCCACGACAAAUCCCGCUGGCACCAUCUCCGUAUAGCGUGGUCAGCAGAGAAUCUGCCCUGGGUACCCCUUGUGGGAUUGGCAAUCAAUGGAAAUGAAUAACCUGGAGGGACAGAAGGGCAAAAAAUUAUAUACGGAAGAACAAUUUUCUAGCGAGGAAGCUGAGAUCAUUGUAGCUGAGGAGACUGAGGUUCUCAGUAAGACACAUGUUCUGCUGUUAAAUCUGUCAUGGUUCGGUCUCAGCCUCAUGUUCCUUCUGCUCUCAGUGGAGGUUGUACCUGCACAGAUCCGUUCGCUGGUAGGGGAGGCAGCCAAGGGGAGAUGGCUUGGCGGCAUGGUGGCGUGCGGGGCAGCGGUGACGUUCGUGACAAGUCCUCUGAUUGGUAUGCUGAGUGACCGAUCGACUUUACAGGCCGGCAAACGCCGUCCAGUGAUGAUAGCAGGAACAGUCGUUCUAUGCCUAGGACUGAUUGGAAUGGCAUUAAGUUCAUCAAAAAUACCGGUUUUGAGAGGGGGAAUUAACCUAUCUAAAAACUCAACGAAUAUGUGUGAUCGUGACCUUGUGGCUCACCGCUGCUUCCCGUUCUGGAACAACACCAAUACCAGACUGUUCAAACAUCAUCACACUGUCCUCAGGGGAUCCCAACCAGCCUCCAUCUUACUUCCAGAGAAAAAAUCCUACAUAUCUGAACUAGAAUCAGAACCCGUGGGAAGUUUACCUAUGUACAUAGUGUUUUACCUCGUCGUCACCACUGCCUUUGCCAUCAUCACCGUGCCGUACAUUGCCCUCAUCGCCGACAAGUCUCAUCCUUCACAGCGAGGGUUUAACUCCGGUGUGAUGGGCGCAAUGAUACUGUUGGGAAACCUGAGUGGUGCGGCUGUUGGAACGUGUUUUACGCAAAUCGGUGUCCUUGGUGCCUAUGGGACGGCCAUAGCAGUGGUGAUGGUGAGCGUUUGUUUGACAAUUUUCACUACACGAGAGAGGCAAGGCAAGGGAGUGUCGGAACCGCUCGAUUGUACUACAAUAUUUACCGCCUUCUGGCAGCCAUUAAAAGAACAUGACUUUCGCUGGGUGUUUAUCACGAGGUUUCUGAUGCAGCAGGGCGUGUCUACAGUUACCGGCUUCCUCGAGUACUGGUUGUCCGACAUGAUCCAUAUCCCCUAUUGCUGGUCAGAGUCACGCGCAGUCGCAAUGAUGCUGCUACCUCUACUGUGUGCCGCGUCCUUAAGUUCUAUAGUAUUCGGCGUGAUAUCUGAUCGGUUUGGAAGACGGAAACCUAUGAUAAUAAGCGCAGCGCUGAUCAUGUCUGUUAGUACCUCCACACUGACGUAUAUCAGUGGUUAUAAUGCUUAUUUCAUCGCUCUAGUCAUGGCCUUCCUUUUCGGAAUCGGUUUCGGUUCAUUCCAGUCUGUAGAUUUUGCACUGGUCAUGGAUGUACUUCAGGAUGACAAAGAUAAAGCUAACAACAUCGCAGUGUGGCACCAAGCCCUCGUCCUCCCCAACGCUUUAGCUACUCCUGUGGGCGGCAUUAUCUUAGAUUACUUUGAGAGUGUAGAUUGCGAACUCGGUCUCGGUUAUAUUAUAUUGUUUGCAGUAACUGCCGUGUAUUUUCUGUUAAGUGCCAUAUUUGUAAAUAAGAUAAGACGUGCGUCAUGAGCAGACAAAGCAUUGGUAUGUCCCUUAAAUAGAAUACGUCACAAAGUUAAUAUCGACAGAGAAAUAAUUUCACAUUUAACACAUAUAAUUAUUGACAUCAGGAUAGCCUUGAUCACAGUAGGUAUAGACAUAUUGAUUCUCCGGCAUUCUAGGCAAUGACAGAUGAGCCUAUAUAGAUAAUUAAAUACACUCUUUUUGCAACUAAUAAAUAUAUGUAUAAUCUAACCUCCGCAGACUAAUUGCUGGUACCACAACCAGUUGAUUACUUUACAUGAUAUUAUAUACAAAGAUAUUUUCCAAGAUUAUAAAUACCGCGGCAAUUUUCAAUUACAAAAUGUAUUAUUUUUUUAAUAAAUUGGCAAUGUGAAUCCGUCAAGUCAGUAGGACAGUAUAUAUUCCAGAUCAAGCAACACAUAGACCUAGCUAUUUCGAAGACAUUUCGCACUAAACUAAUGUGUAGGUUCCUCACAAAUAGAAGAAAAUUUGUAGAACAUCAUAGCUCGACUUCCGAAUGAAAUUCCUAGCAUAGUUCAGUCGAAAACAGAUAAAAUGUUUGACUCCUCAGGAGCCUUCAAACCAAAUAUCACUAUUCCUGGUAAUAAUAUCGAUUGUCAUAUUAAUAAUAAUUUCAUGACAAAAUCCGAACUUUUAAGCAUCAUAUUUCGGCAUAAAAACUAAAGCGCAAAACAGUUAAAAAUAAAAGAAUAAAAUGAACUUAAAAAUUCCGUUUAUUCCUGUUUUGACUGCGGUGCCACAAUGGUUGACCCAGCGGGAACAGGAUGUCUAGCAUCAGUAUUCUUAUUCAAAUACUGAAUACUAUUUAUAGUGAAUUUAAUUACUCAUACACGAAUGUUUACCAUAACACCUUGACAAAAACUGGGUGGUGUUUUUUUUGCCGGCACUGCAUCCAUGUAUGACCCUAACAGAACAUCUCUGAUAAAUACGAGCAUCGUUGUUGGAAUACUGAAAGGAUAUUAGUAGAGAUAUGGGACAGUAAUGGUAGAAAGGUAAGGUAGAUCUGGGGCGAGCUAGGGGACAGUAAUGGUAGAAAGGUAAUGUAGAUCUGGGGCGAGCUAUGUGACAGUAAUGGUAGAAAGGUAGGAUAGAUCUGGGGAGAGAUAUGGACAGUAAUGGUAGAAAGGUAAUGUAGAUCUGGGGAGAGAUAUGGGACAGUAACGGUAGAAAGGUAAUGUAAAUCUGGGGAGAGAUAUGGACAGUAAUGGUAGAAAGUGAAGGUAAGGUAGAUAUGGGGAGAGAUAUGGACAGUAAUGGUAGAAAGGUAAUGAAGAUCUGGGGAGAGAUAUGGGACAGUAAUGGUAGAAAGGUAAUGUAGAUCUGGGGAAAGAUAUGGGACAGUAAUGGUACAAAGGUAAGGUAGAUCUGGGGAAAGAUAUGGGACAGUAAUGUUAGAAAGGUAAUGUAGAUUUCGGGCGAGCUAUGGGACAGUAAUGGUAAAAAGGUAAGGUAGAUCUGGGGAAAGAUAUGAACAGUAAUGGUAGAAAGGUAAUGUAGAUCUGGGGCGAGCUAUGGGACAGUAAUGGUAGAAAGUGAAGGUAGAUCUGGGGAAAGAUAUGAACAGUAAUGGUAGAAAGGAAAUGUAGAUCUUGGGAGAGAUAUGGGACAGUAAUGGUAGAAAGUGAAGGUAAUGUAGAUCUGGGGCGAGAUAUGGGACAGUAAUGGUAGAAGUGAGGGUAAUGUAGAUCUGGGGAGAGAUAUGAACAGUAAUGGUAGAAAGUGAAGAUAAUGUAGAACUGGGGAGAGAUAUGAGCAGUAAUGGUAGAAGUGAAGGUAAUGUAGAUCUGGGGAGAGAUAUGAACAGUAAUGGUAGAAAGGUAAUGUAGAUCUGGGGAGAGAUAUGGGACAGUAAUGGUAGAAAGGUAAUGUAGAUCUGGGGAGUGAUAUGGGAUAUGGUAAAUCGAGAUAAAAUAAUUUGAUUGGAAGAAAUGGCGUAUAACACAAGUGAUUUUGGUAAUAUAUUGUUAGUCUUUCUGUAAAACAUAGUCAGUGUCUAAUCGUACUUAAUUCCUGUUAUUUAUCAAGGACAAAACAUCCAUAGUCUAUUGAUGUCUUCAGAGUUUAAGUCUAAACUGUUGACUUAUUCUACCACUUGAAAUUCAAAGUUUGAUAUUUUGGCCAAAAUUUAAUACUUUCGAAUUGUUUCUUAUAAUGCACAGCGGUAAUUCGCAAAAUUAUAAACUCUUUAGCGUCUGCUCAAAGUUAUAACUAGGCAGCUGAUUAAAUCAGUAUGGUUUAACUUACAUAUACACUGUUCUUAAUCUGUCUGUGAUAACGAUGAAGUUUGUUUGUUAACAGAAAUGAAAUAUUAUGAUGUUUGUUUAAUGCAAUGUUGAUCAUUGUUUUUUGUUGUUGAAACGAUUGCGAUUGUAGUUGUAUUAAAUUGAUAAGG